AUGGCAAAAAAAGCCAUGACCCAGAUGAGCAACAAGGAUUAUGUGAACAAGAAGACAGUCCUCUUUUCCAGACAAACUUCCAGUAAUAGAGUUACCCAAAACACAAGGUUUGUAGACUUUAGGUUCAAGCUUUCUGCGUGGUCGGGAUUCUUGCCUAUGAGGUUACUCAAACAUUUUGCUGACAAGGUGGCGGGAACUCUAUGCUUGGGUAUGGCCUCUGCGAGGGCGAAACCUUCACGAAAUGAUUCUUCAUCCAGAAGAUCAAUGCCAUACGUGACUCCGGGUGAUUCUCAUAGAGAAGAGGCCAUAGAAGAUUGCAUUGAGUUCAUCAACUCUUCUUCUACUUUUUCAAGAGCAACUCCUAUUGCGUCACAGGUUUCUUCUUAA